UACAGUUUGAAGCUUUACUCAGUUACACUCUUGCCUUCAUAUUUGCCUUCAAGUUUCAAGUUACAGCUGUUGUUUUUCUGAUGAUGGAUCCAGCUGUGAUUAUCAUCUUACUUCUCUACAAGAUGUAUUCUGCUCAAGCUGUGAGAAAUUCUGAGCUGUUGGUCGUCUCAGCUGAGCCCGGUAAAACGGUCACUCUCAACUGCACACCUGUAGAUGACUCAAAUGCAAAUAUUAGGAUGUGGUACAAACAAAGGCUGCGGCAUGCUCCAGUGGAAGUGGGAUCACAGUUUAAAGAUAAGAAAUCAAGGAUUUCAGCUUCUUUCGACCAAUCAAGAUUUAAAAUGAACAGAAUUGCGAGUGGCACUUCUGUCAGUAUUGAACGUGUCACUAAAGAAGAUGAAGGAGUGUACUUCUGUGCAACGCCUGGAGAGACAACAAUUAACUUUUCUAAUGCUACAUUCUUAUCUGUCACAGGGCAGUCAAUCAUAUCAGUGCUCCAAACUACAGUACAGGGGUCAGUUUCUCCCGGAGAGUCGGUCACUGGGAAUGGAACAGCAGUAGAACUGAAAGCUCCUGUAGAUCCCGUUGAUCCUGUAGGUCCUGUAGGUCCUGUAGAUCCUGUAGAUCCUGUAAUGCUGACUCUGGCAGUUUUCUCAGCAGUGUGUGUGGCUGUAAUCUGCGCUGAAGCCAUUUUAAUUCACAAACUGAGGAAAUCUAAACACUGCGCUGGUGGUAAGUGUUCAUUAUGAGAUGAAGCUGAAUAUUUUGAUAGAAAGAAAAUAGAAAAUGGUGAUAAUACUAAUAAGUUUAGCCUCAUUAAACUGUAUCUGGAAGUGAUUGUGAAGUUUUAUCUCCUCUACAGAGAAAGUUCAGGAGGGGGCUGUGAAUGAGAGGACCACCAGACAGGUACUCUUUAUGCACUUAUUCUUUAAACUACAUUUUCCACUAAAGAUUUGGUGGUUCGAAUUUCAGCCAGAGACAAAUCUGUUUUUUUCUGGUUUCUGAUUCACAACUGAACAUGCAAAUUACUCUGUAGAGCUCUUUUUUAGUUCAUGUACAUAAUAAAAUGUACAGAUAACUCCAUUCAGUCAUCAGUUAAGAAAAAGGAGAAGAGAAACAUAAAACAUCAAUAUAAAGAAAAUUCUUUGUUUAAUAAUCUGUAUUCCAACCUACAGUACAUACAGAUAAUUAUAAUUUUUAGAUCCAUUUACAAUAUAAAUUUAUCAUUUUGCUCAUAAUCUCAGAGCAGCACAGCAUCAUCAGCAGAGCAGAGCCUUUAACUGUCGGCAAAACUUUAUUUUAAUAUAUACAAAU